AUGGCUUCAAUUUUUUGGAUUAUUGAUUUUGUAAUAUUUGGUUUUUUUGACGCUUCGAUUCAAAAUAUCGCUUUGCUACGUGUUUAUUUUCAAUAUUUGGAACCAAUGUUCAAUUGCUUAGGACUUUAUGGUUUUGUAACAAUUAGUGUCAAUCGAUGUUUUGCUGUUGUCUAUCCACACAAGGGGUUUUUCAAAAAACUAUCAUGGUGCUUCAUCUCAGCAGGUAUAUCAUGGAUGGUGGCCAUAAUUCUGCCUAUACCAAUUUUUGUUGCGUGUUACGAGGCGUAUAUACAGGGUAAACUUCUACGUGUCAACACAUGGAUAGGUCUCUAUAGUUUUUUCAUUAUAUUAAUACUUCCUGCAGUUAUAUUUACAAUUUCGAAUGGAAUCAUAUAUUUCACUGUGCGAGCAUUCAGUCGUCGUGUCAACACCAUUACAGAAAACACAUCUGGUAAUUUUAGUAUUGAGUGUUUAAGUUCACGAGACAUUCGUUUACUAAAACACAUAGUUUUCGUUUUUAUCAUAUAUAUGACUGGAUGGUCACCAGCGUACAUUGCAACAGCAGCUGAUGCCACUGUUGAUAUGCCGGAUUGGCUUUUAUAUCUACUGAUAUUACCAGCUGGAGUAAGUUUCGUGAUUCUUCUGGUAGAUCUACUUUGGUACAAUCAUGAGAUUCGAAAAUAUUUAAAAGUAAAAUUUUUCAAGUGGUUACAUAUACAAUGA